GAAAGCCUUCAAUCCCGACGACGCCACAACACCAUCGCCUGUCAUCUAUCGCUACCUGACGUCCCAUUCAAGCUUCGGCACACCGCAUCAACCAACACAUGACACGGCACACCGCAUCAAGCAACACACGACACGCUCAGCUGCAACACACACUAGUAUUCGCGGCCUUGGCCUUCGUUGUGAACGAGAUUCAGGGAGAGAAUUUUUUAAAAACUUGGAACAAACGUAGCACUGUAGCAGGUCACGUGAACAAACCUAUCUUUGUACACGUCAAGUGGCCCAGGGAUACUGUCUCUACUGGAUCUAAUUUAUGAUCCUGACUUUUAACAAAGGAGCUAGAGGUUGACUAGCUGCUUGAGCUACCCCAGCAUUCAGGGGGGUGAAGCAUCUACAGCCCUAAAACCAAGCCCGGAUAUUGCUGCGGUGUGAUCGUGAAUGCAGUCAAUUCACCCUGACGAAUAAAGAUUAUCUCCCGAUUCAUCUUAUUCACUGGUUGUAUGGAAAUAUCCCCGACACUGGGCAGGACACGAAACAAAAGUCUUUGUUAGGCCUGGAUCUCCUACACAAUGAGGACAGAGGACGGGGGGUCAAACCGCUGGAGCGGAACCUGUUGUUAAACGCCCAUGAUGUAACUGUCAAUCAUGCUUAGGGUAAUGCGUUACAUGGGAGGUCAGAGGGAUGGCCCCUGGGAUCAAUCGGUUCGGAUCUUUCCGCUGGUGUGGGUAAUCGGGAAGAUCCUGUGCUGGAUGUCAGCGUAAAAAAAAAAUUAAUCGUGAGAUGACGUCAUCGCAGUUGUCGCCGCGUUUUGUGGUGUUUGUAGUGGUGUCGCUGAUCAGCCAUCUGAUGGAGCUGGCGGCGUGUGGGCUGUUCUGCCACACGUUGUUCCAGCAGGGGGACCUCAAGGCGCCCUGGUUCAGCGUCACAGCUGGGCUGGUCAUCAUCCCCCUGGUGGCCGUCCAGCUGGUCUCGGCCGUCAUGCUGCUCAGGAGGAAAGGCGAGACGUCCACGUCAUACGAGGUCACGAUGACUGCAGUCCUGCACGUGCUGCAGCUCGGGUUCAUCAGCCGGCACUUUGCCGUGCUGCAGGAGGCGCCGAUACCGUCCAAGAGAGCGGAAGUGGUGGAGCUGCUGAUUCUGCGAGCGUCCUACGCCGUGACGACCGGCUGCACGGUCUUCCUGGCACAGAUCUACCUGCUGCUCCGUGAUGCCUUCGAUGUCUGGUGGCUGUGGGCAGCGUACGUGUCAGAGGUCACGCUGCUCAUCUCCAUCACCUGGGCGCUGUCCACCUUCAGGAAAUGUGUUCCAGACCACGGCCUUGACCUUGCGCUAGUCGCUUGGCCAGGUACGCUGCUGAAGCUUCUGUGGCGAGGCGGAGAAAUCUUGACCCGUAUGAUAUCACUCGGACUGUUCGCAUCUAUUUACACUCACUGGGUUUUCCUUGUACUCGGCCUGCACUGGGCGGCCAUGCUUGUCUGCGUGUGCAUUCCUGUUAUGGGGUCGUCGACCUUGAGAUCGCAGAGACCUGCGCAGAAAUUCCUCUACUCCCUCAUUACAUCUUACACGUACAUCUUCGCGUUCAUCAACACGUGUCCAGAGAACACGGUGUUUAGAUACACGUUCUACUACGUCAUCAUGUUCCUGGAGAAUGCGACACUGCUAGCCGUCUGGCUCAUACAGUCCAACUCUCGAGAGUUCUCCAACAACUGCCCCUUCCUCUAUGUCGCUGCCUUUGUCUUUGUCAUGUCCGUUGUAUCGAUGAUCGUUUACUACAAGUUUUUCCACUUGACCUCUGACAAAGACUCGCCAGAAAACAGAUGCAGGAACGAAAACUGCCUGGCCUGUAAGAUGGGGAACUCCACACAUCAUCCCCCGUCUCUGGUCAGCUCCGCAGCAAACGAUGGUCUGGUCCAGCAGUGCCACCAUACGGACUACUGCGGCCCGUUUUGUAAACAUUCCUUCGGCGGCUCGCUGUUGGACUCGGAGCGAAACUCCACAGCCACAGCUAGUUCCCUGCAGGCUCGGCUACAGCAGAAGCUGGCGUCCUGCAGCGACGAAAGGCUCAGCAACCAUCUCGACAAGAACGACGUGAGCUCUUCCUCCAUCAGCAACACUGACGCUACAUCACACGACAAGUCGCGAAAACGAGGCAAAGGGAAAACAACAGGUCAGCCGAACACUUCCGAGUCAGAACUAAGCUCAAUCAGAACUGAGCUUGACCGGUCUGAAGAUGACCAUUCUUCCAAGAGACCGGUGUGGCUACCCAGCGGUGACUCCAACUUCGCUAACCAGCUCCUGACCUGCAGUCUUGAGACCUUCAACGCUGCAGACGACGAGCGCUCGUCUGUAGGUACCAGUUGUCGAGGCUACCACUCAGGAGAAAACCCUAAACCAGCACAUAAAACAUCCUUCAAGGAUCUGCCGCACAGGAAAAUCUUGUCUCAAAGGAGCGCCGAACACCGCUGGUACUCUGACGGUUACAGCACCGACCGGUCAGCAGAGCUGCCCCAGAUCCUGACGGCAAGGACCGGCAAGUGGGCUGGAGAUGGCGAGACCGCGGGCGAGUGCUGUCAGUGUUGUGACGGUUCUGAAGUGUCCUCCAUCAUCAGGUCUAUCACAACGGUGCCUGAAUCUGUCGAAGACGAUCAGGAAUUACCAUCCCACCUCAGAGAAAUACGUCAUAAAAAACUGCACCAUCAUCCACCCUGUCAACAAAUACACCGCUCCAACCUCGAGGAUUUAUCGGGUAUCGGAAACGAAGAUUCCGGAGUCUCGCUUGAUGUACCCGGAAGCAGACACAACAUGUCUUCGCCCGCUUCAGACCCCAGCCAUGGUCCAAAAACUAAAAAAAGCCGUUCCGCGAAACGGCACGACCCUCCACAUCACAAGACAACUACCUCAAAGCUACAGAAGAAAAACGACAGUAUGGCUGGCAGUAUGGCUGCUGGUAUGGCUGGCAGUAUGGCUGCUGGUAUGACUGACAGUAUUACCACUCAUCUACCUCCUAUUAAUGUACAGCGUGAACAUGGUGACACUCCAGCCCAACAAAACCAACAGCUUAAAGACAAGCCCGGCGGGGCAACUAAAAUCAACAGGAAAAUGAAAGGUUCAAUGUCUCCUGUACACGUUUCAUCGAACCCUGUACACGGCUCAAUGAACCCUGUUCACGGCACAAUGAACCCUGUUCACGGCACAACGAGCCUUAUACAAGGUUCAACAAACCCUAUACAAGGUUCAACGAACCCUAUACAUGGUUUAGCAAAGCCCGCAAGAAAAACGCAAAGUGAAGAAACCCUCAACCAAACCCCGGAUAAGGCAGUUGACAAAGCUGGUCUCCAGACUGCUAGCCAACACAUCUCACACUGCUCUGAAGUACUCACGGCCAAACUGCCAACUCUGGAAUUGCUGCAGAGUAAAGCACAUGUUGUCAGUCGUCAGGACACGAACACUGAUGCCCUGGGUCAGCAGACGACACCAGAUAUCCCAGGGAAGUUGACGGACGUUGUUUACGAGAACAUUUGGCAGACUGGCCAGAUAAAACAUUCCAAACAUACCCAACAGCAGGGCGGCCAGAUAUUUAUUUUAGACAACAGCCAUAUCAAAUCUGACAUGUAUGUCUAUGCACAUACACGUGACACCAAGUAUGUGUGUAGUGAAUCAGAAGACAGCGCACUUCCGCCGGAAAUUCUUAAUUCUAGUAUCGACUGCUUCACCCCGUCUGAGUCGGAAAGUGACCUUAGCUUGGAGAUUGUUAUUUAAUGGCGGACAGUGUUGAACUGCGCAGAAUACUUGACUGCUUGUAGUCUGCUUGUUUUGUUGAUUCUGUGUUUAGCAGAACUGCUCAGGGUUCCAUCUUUGUUUUAGAAGACCAUUUUUUUUUCUAGAACAUUCCUUAAAAUGACAUCAAUCGAUGUGUGAAGAAUUUGUGUGUUGUUUAUCCGUGUUAAUGAAUGGCAAACAUGUCAACAGGAAGCACAGGGCAACACACAGAAGCUACCAAGCUGGGCAGUGUUUACGUUAAUAACGUCCAAUUAUUUGUGGUCCAAGCUAGAAGAAUGUAAACAAAGGCACGUGACCUUUUCAUUUGUGAACUCUCCAACAUGAAUCACACCACAUUUAAUUGACGAUGUUAACUUUGUACAGUAAUUAAUUCCCCUUGUUAGCCAUUUAGAUGUUAGUUGUGUAUACUAAUUAAUUGUUGACCAUUUAGCGGCCACCUGUUUUGCAUUUAUCCAUAUUAUAUUCUAUGCUGUGUGUUACAUGGGUUUUUGUUUCUUUGAGGUUGAAAUCUUUUUCUGAUAAAUAAAUAUGUCCUAACCCAGCAAUCAUCUACCUAAUCGUCAACUGAUAGUACGAGAUACAGGGCAGAUGAUCUUACACAGGUCACCUACUGCAGACAUCUCCGUAUUUAAAGGGAUGGUGUGGUCAGCACUAUGCACACGAGGCUUUACUUUCCCUAACGUGAGACAGGUACCCAUUAGGACUGGGUGGACUCAGGGAUGUUCUACAGACUUAAGCCCAGGAUCCGAACUCGAGACUUUCAGGUUAGCAGAGGAACGCCCCGAGAGGUCUAGCGUGUAGUUUUGUGAGGGCUAGCGUGUCUAGUUUUGUGAGGUCUAGCGUGUAGUUUUGUGAGGGCUAGCGUGUCUAGUUUUGUGAGGUCUAGCGUGUCUAGUUUUGUGAGAGCUAGCGUGUGUAGUGUGGUGGGGUCUAACGUGUGGAGUGUUGUGAAGGCUAGCGUUGUCUAAUGUCAGAACAAACACGGACCGACUCAAUAAAUCCUCGAGCCAAACAAUGAAGUUUCCCUCGCCUCAACCUGUGUAAGCCGUGUUUCAAUCCAAACCCCCCCCCCCCCUCCUGUGUCAGCGGGAGAGAAAUGGGCUAGUAUAGAAUGUCCACCUGUUAAUGCCUCAAACCUCCUCUCCCUCCCCCCCCCUUACCAAAGCCCUUGAAAUUCCUCAGUGUAACGUGACGAACCUACAGAAUGAGGUCACGACCUCCAAUCGUUCAGUCCUGUUGAAUGGAGUAGAAAUAAGGGGAGAGAAUGUCUCCGGGACUUGGUCCUAUUGUUAUUGCCGCUGGGUUUGUUUUUUUCUCUGGUCUCCGUGCAGUUCAAUGCGGUUUGUAUUGAGAUCUUCGCGCAGCCGAGUUGACGUGUUAAUCAAGUUUUAAUUAGGUUAUGUCCAUUGAAUUUUAAACAUGUCAAGAUUUCAUAAUGCAGCAAAAUAUGAUAUAUUGCUUAGGAAUCGUGCACGUAUCAUAUAACACGAAGGGAUUUUAUUUUUUUAUAUAUAUUAUGUAACGCGGGGGAGGGGUUAGGGUGGUAUUGACAACAGAGCAACAUCAAAAAUAGAAAAGCCUUUAAUUUGUUAAAUUAUUGUGUUUUCUAAGCUGCUAUUUUUGGUAUUGUGACUAAUUUGACACCCUGGCUUAAAAAUGUUUUCCCUUGUAAUACAGUGUAAGAUUUGAUUUCCUAGUAGUUGUGAUGCAGCUUGUUGUUGCCUAAUAACAAAUUAGUAAUAUGACGUGCUGCCUAUGUUAUUAAUAUCACUACAUUUUUCUCAGUGCUGGGCUCUUCACGAAGGGUGGGGGGAGGAUGUCCAAGAAAUGUUAUAUUAUAGGGUCUUUUGAAAUGUUAUACAUUAUUAGAGCAGUUAUUUUUUCAAAGUUAUACUAUAUUAGAGCUGUUAUCUUUUGAAAUGUUAUAUUAUACUAGAGCAGUUAUCUUUUGAAAUGUUAUAGCGUUUUGUAGAGUGGAUAGAAAAUGUCCUAUUUACUGUUACAAAAUGUACACAAACCUUUUUAGUGGGAACACCUUGUCAUCAGUGGUGUCACAAAGUCUGGAGUCACCCCCCCCCCCAAACACCAUUGUUUAGUUUUUAGUUUAGUGUCACCUCUCGCCUCUACUAUUUUAUUAUUUCAUUUGAUAAAAAUUGUUUAGACAUUAAAUUGUACUUUUUAUCAAUUUGUUGUCACCCCAAAAUCAUGUCACAUGGUGUGGAUAGCACCCCCGCCUUCUGACGGUACUGCCUCUAGUAAAUGGUGACCACCAGUCACCUUAUAUUGGUGAUAUGGUGUCACCAUUGCAAUACACCAGCUUCUUGAUAUGUAUACAAAGAUGUUAAAAUGUGUAAAUAUAACAGACAAUAUCUGUGGUCUACCUUUUUGUUUGAUAUUACUAUUAUUAGAACAAUUUUUACUACCUCAAUAAAAUAAUGCUGUCUGUUUAGACUA